AUGUGUUGUGCCAAAUUUGUUAUGCAGAUUUUCAAUUGUGUUCCGCUAUUUGCUUAUCAUCUGCGAAUAUUUGUUCUUGCCUGGCUUAGAAAACUUUCGGAUAUAAAAAGACCGCCGAAAACCUGUGCUAUACAUUCACAAUUGUUUCAAAGCAGAACAAUGAAGCUAACCACCUAUCUAUUGGCACUGGUCCUGUUCGCCGGAUUCUUCCUGCUGCAGCCUUCCUCCGCCCAGACGAACUCCACCACAUCCACCAACACCACGACCACGGAGGCAACCACUUCUACGACCUCGACCACAGCCAAGACCGUUAAUAGGAAACACUUCACGAUGCAUAAUGUUAAAUAUAAAGUGGUGCGCAGGAUUCGAGUUAACAAGAAAAACUCUGGUUAAUCAGAUGCUCAGCUUUCGAAACUAUUGGCAAUGACAAAAUAUA